UUCAACAUAUCCAUUCGGCGUGUAGGUGCUAGGGAAGCAGAUCCUUUACCUCGCAUGGCAGGGCAUCAUAAGGCACGCAGCCAUGUUUCCGCUUUACCAGUUAAUUCGCUCCUUCGCGUUCUCCUAGUACUAGCGGUCGGCGUAGUGGCAGCGCGCCUCACCUACUACUCACUGCGCUUGCGCCGCCGCCGCACGCUGGCCACUACCAAGUACUUAGUCACGCGGUAAACUCACCUCCGAUCACCACCGACAUUGAACAAGAGUUCAGCCCGGUAGAACAUACAAGGAGAAUUUCCCAUCGUCGUGGGACCACCGGUUAGCGAAUUGUGGAAGCGCAGUCUAGGAAUUUAAUGGCGGAGUUAUGUGCCCGUUUCAUUCCGGGGAAACCGAUACAGCAUCGCAGCAGUUACCACCCCAAAUGCCUGGAUAUGAGAAUCUCCACCGCGGAGGGUUAAGUUCCGUUGAAAGUAGCCAUGAUUCCCAGAAGUACUGUAGGUCCGUCCGCUUCCUGACGCUAGAAUGUCUGCCCGAAUCCCCGCAUCGCAUACCUGGGGACAGUGGACAGCAGUGGGAAGAUAGGCGGUCAACCGGUCACGGGUCGAGCCAAAUUGUGGUGGGAUUCGGAGCUCGAGAAAGAUGA